AUGGAUGUUCCUUCCUUCUUCAUCGACGGGUCAAUUUAUACAUAUGGUGUCACAUUGUCGCCGCCGGCCGGGCGAAGGAGGCUUGGAGCGAGCGGGAGCACCAGCGCUGGAGGAGCUCCGCUCGCCGGCGAGGAGGAGGAGUUUGCCCCGUCAGAGUGGGGCGACUAUUUCAUCACCUACGACCCUCCUCUCGCGCAGAGGUCCGAGGAGUGGAUGAGGGACAGGGCAGAGGAGCUGAAGCAGCGAGUGCGGAAGAUGUUCGUCUUCGAGGACGGCAGCGUGGCCGGCGCGGUGGCACUUGUGGACACGCUCGAGCGUCUCGGCCUAGACAGCCACUUCCGCGAGGAGAUCACCGCGGCCAUAACCCGUAUCCACCUCGUUGGGCUGGAAUGCCCCGGUUUCGUUGGCGGCUCCGAUGCCCAUGAUCUUGGCGUCACUGCUACUCGGUUCCGUCUGCUCCGGCAACACGGGCUAUGGGUGUCCACAGAUGUGUUCGAUAGGUUCAGGGAUGGCGACGGCAAUUUCAACGCGAGCCUAAGCAGCAACAUUGAUGACCCGAGAAUUCUACUGAGCUUGUACAAUGCGGCUCACAUGGCGGUGCCGGGCGACGUGGACGCCGUCCUCGACAACGCUGGGGUCUUCGCACGGCGCCACCUGGAAGCCAUGGCAAGAGGCGAGCUGCGGUCACCGGCGGCGGAGCAAGUCGCCCGCGCCCUUGAUCACCCUCUCCCGCGGUUCACGGGGCUGCUGGAGACCAUGCGUUACGUUGCCGAGUAUGCGCAGGAGGUGACGCACGACGGCACAAUCCUAGAACUUGCUCGGCUCAAUUCUAACCUCAUGAGGUGCCUUCACCUCAGGGAGCUAAAGGCCCUUAGCAUAUGGUGGAGGGACCUAUACGACACCGUGAAUCUAAGGUAUGCUCGGGACCGUAUGGUGGAGAUCUACUUUUGGAGCUGCGGAAUGAUCCCCGAGGAGGAGUUCUCGCGUGCACGUUUGAUGUUCGCCAAGACGUUUGGACUUGUGUCUAUUCUAGAUGAUACCUACGAUGUCCAUGCAACUGCAGAGGAGUGUCUUAGUCUUACCCAAGCCAUGCAGAGAUGGGAUGAAAGUGCGGUUCCUGUUCUACCUGAAUACCUACGCGUCCUAUACAUCAAAACACUAAGCACCUUCAAAGAGUUUGAGGAUCUGUUAGAACCACACGAGAAGUACCGAAUGUCAUAUGCCAAAAAAGCGUACCAGCUGCAGGCGGAAUAUUAUAUGCAAGAGGCCCAGUGGUCGAGCGACAAGUAUCGGCCAAGCUUCAAGGAACACGAGGAGCUGUGUGGCAAGUCUUGUGGUCUGAUAAUGCUUAAUCUGGUGGCCCUCAUGGGCUACGGCGCCAGCGCAACCAAGGAGUUGUUCGAGUGGGCGUUUGCCAUCCCUGAUGUGGUCCGUGCCGGCACGCAGAUCGGCCGCUUCCUCAACGACAUCUCUUCUUACAAGCUGGGGAAGAACAAGAAGGACCUCCCUAGCGGCGUUGAGUGCUACAUGAUGGAGAAGGGCGUGACAGGGGAGGAGGCCGUGGCGGCAAUCGCCGCCAUGACCGAGGAUAGGUGGAGGACAAUGAACAAGGCGUGCAUAGAGAUGGACCGCGCGCUCCUGCCUGUGGCGCAGCUAGUGGCGAACAUUGCGAGAUCGAACGAAGUAAUCUACCUCCACGGCAGGGAUGGCUAUACCUUCGGCAGCCACGUCAAGGACCUCGUGACGGAGCUCUUCCUUGAUCCCAUCCCCCUUUAA